AUGGCUGCAGCUUCACCUUUGCUGCAAUAUCCAACACCGGAUAUAGAUGUUUCGAGCUCAUCGACAUCGUUGCAACCUGCAAGCUCUUCACAGUUUCCACAGACAAGUUCUAACAUCUCUAAUCAACAACAGAUUGGAACCAACAACCAAUAUCAACCGUAUUACCUACGACCGGGUUAUCGAUUCAAGACAAAUUUGCAACCGGUAUUGGAUGUUGCUGAUGGUCCGGGUAGGCGAUUGCGCAAAAAUGUUGCAAAUGUCCGACGUCAUAUCGAUUAUAUUGCUAAUGUAUUAAAUCAUUUUGAGGCUCGAUUGUGGCAGCAUGAUGUACGUGGUCGUGUGGCCGUUCAGCCAGACAUACUAUACCAGAAUUCUGCAGUUCCUCCAACCACUAUUGUAGACAAGACUAUUGACUGUGUUUUAAAUAAAUUUGUGCGAGCUGCAAUGAAUAAAGUUAAAUGUCCUAUUUACAGUAUUUGCUGGACACCAGAGGGUAAACGGCUGAUAACGGGUGCAUCGACGGGCGAAUUCACUUUAUGGAAUGGUACAGCUUUCAAUUUCGAGACAAUUCUUCAGGCCCACGACACAGCGAUCCGUGCUCUAAAAUGGUCACACAACGAUCAGUGGCUUGUAUCAGCGGAUCACGACGGUUUCGUGAAAUAUUGGCAGCCGAAUAUGAACAAUGUGCAUAUGUAUCAAGCGCAUAAAGAUGAGGCUAUCCGAUCUAUCAGUUUUGCGCCCACAGAUGUGAAGUUGGUGACUGGUUCAGACGAUGCUACAGCUCGGAUUUGGGAUUUUGCUCGAUGUGCUGAAGAAAAAGUACUACGCGGCCACGGAUCGGAUGUGCGCAGCGUUGAUUGGCAUCCACAAAAGGGUUUGAUAUGCACUGGAUCACGUGACUCACAACAACCAGUGAAGUUAUGGGAUCCAAAAACAGGGCAGUGUUUAUCAACUUUGCAUGAUCAUAAAAACUCAGUAAUGGCAGUGCAAUGGAAUAAAAAUGGAAAUUGGUUGUUGACAGGAUCCCGCGAUCAUCUGAUCAAAAUGUACGAUAUCAGAAUGAUGCGUGAAAUGCAUACGUACAGGGGACACAAAAAGGAAGUUACUGCAUUAGCUUGGCAUCCGGUUCAUGAGGGUAUGUUUGUAAGUGGUGGUGGUGAUGGAUCACUGGCAUACUGGCUCGUAAAUAAUGACAAGGAACUUGGAUUUUUGGAGCAUGCUCAUGACCAAGCCAUAUGGACACUUGAAUGGCAUCCUUUAGGUCAUAUCCUGGCAUCAGGUUCUAAUGAUAAUAACACGAAGUUUUGGGCGCGAAAUCGUCCAGGUGACACGCAGGAUGAUAUCUAUGGGUUGGCAUCGUUUUCUGGGUCAAUACCAACGCCGGCAAAGGAAACAAAAACUGAAACUGCUGAGGAAAAGGCGUUUGUCGCCGUUAUUCCAGGUAUGGGCUUGGAUGAUGACGUGUUCCAAGGGAUGCAAAAAAAGGAUGCACGAACAACUGUCGGUGGUCCGCCGGUUGGUGGACCUUUAUUGUUUCCAGAAGAUCCGAACGCACGUCAACAGACGAUGAGUAUCGGUGCAAAGAGGACUUUGAUCAAGCAGCCUCCACCAAAGAAAGCUCAGCGGCAAUUUGAACGAAUGUGGAAUGUUGCAAAGCCUGGAGCUUCGGGAAACGAUGAUUAUGUCGACGAAGUGCCUGAUGAAGGAACGUUCCGGCGGUCCAAAGCUUCCUUGCUUGGGCCACCACCACGCUCGUUAUUAUCUUCAAAACGUGAAGAAGAAGGCCGAUCACCCAGUCCUGGUCAGGACAAUAGGAGUAGACGUUCCCAGAAAAAUGUUACUCAUCCUACUGGGUCAGAUCAGGAGGUGGGUUCAGUACCCUUGCAAAUGCCACCACCUCUAUCAUCUGCACCAGCGGUUGUACAACAGUGGCCAAAUCCAACAGCAUCUCAGCCACCAGUAAUACAACAAAUUACUCAGCAGCCGAGUAUUCUGGUACCAACCGUGCAAACACUAACAGCAGUGGCGCAGAUGGGAGCAGCUGGUAUACCUUUGCCUGCGUUACCCAUGCCACCAGCUAUUGGUCCACUCAUUUGGCCACCACCAAUUCCGGCUAACCUUACACCUUUGGCUGCUGCAUCAUCGUCAUCCGUCCAAAACAGAGAUGUGGACUAUCGUACUGGACUUCCUUCUCUCCCAAUGCCACCACUUUUACCAGGUAACGGCACCAGUACAUCUAAUGAUGUGGAUCUAAGAAAUCAGCAACCCUCGUCAUCUUCACAAUCGCAAAGCUGGCGGUCUAGUGCACAACCAGACAAUAAAUCAAUAAACAGUGAUGAAACAUCAAGAACUGCCCCUUCCACAGGUGAAAUGAGAAUACACGACCCUCGUAUAAGAGUCGGGUCUCGAGGAAGUAUAGCCAGGAAUGGCGAUGACGAUAGGCCAGGAGGAUCUGCACCUGGAACUCAAGUACGCGACCCUCGCAGAAGGCCUCAAUUACGUACGCCGGCGGUGCCUAAACAGGACGAAGACUUUGAUGGUCGUUUCGAAGGUAGCCAAGUUCGACGGCGUGUUUGGAUGCCGAAUAUGAAUGAAACUGGAGAUGGUAGAGUUGGACCCGGUCAAUCAAUCCCAAUGCGCUAUGAAUUCAACUGUCCGGCCGGUGAUUUUGAUGAUCGCCUUCAACAUCAUCAGCAACAGUACCCACCCUAUCUACAUCAACAUUCUGGUGGUGGAUUAGUGCGACGAGGGGCAAGCCGAAAUCGAAUUCAUAGAGGAGCUUAUUAAUUGUUGAUAUUUGCAUCAAAAUUCAAAUCGUUGACC